AUGCUGCCGUGGGACCAAUUGCGAGAUACAAGUCACCCCAUCUUGCACUACGCGAGCGUUAUGCUAUACAACGACGACUUGAGCGACACAGGGGACGUCACUGCAGACGUCAAACUGAGGGUUAUGGAUGACUUUUGGUAUUGUGCGUUGCACCAGCAUGUUCGCAUAGACGGGAAAUUAGACCGUGAUAUAAUCGUCCGUGUUUUUCAUUCAUUUGGUUCGGGCCGCGUCAUCCGGUCGACGUUGUGGGUUGACCGAGAGCACGUUAUUGGUGGAGAGGGUAGUUCUGCGGUUUUGUAUGAGCAGGCAAGCACUCAGGUGAUCGCUUUUUUAAAUUAG